CGCCUGAGUACUUAGGCAAGAACACUACACUAUUUCGAGUCAAGGUUGAGAUGACGAGUGACAUAGAAGAUAAUCCGUACAACGUGUGUUUUAUUGGUGCAGGCUUUGUCGGGGCGACGACUGCUGCGGUUCUAGCCCUCAAGAAUCCUUCAACCCAAUUCACAGUUGUGGACAAUGAUCGGGGGAGGAUCGCUGCAUGGAACUCCAUGGAGCUGCCUGUGCAGGAACCAGGCCUUCUUGAGAUAGUGCAGAGUGUAUCGCAUUGGCACGCGGCCUGUGUUGGCUCGAAAAUUGUUUCUCCAGAGUCGAACAACUGUGUCGACGGACAGCCAACACACGACAAGUUCAAUCCCCAGCGUAACCAAUCUAAUGUUCGGAAUCAAGAAGUAUGCGUUAGUAUGCAUUCAAAGCCGAACCUCCGCUUUAGCACGGAUAUUCGCGAGGCAAUUCGUACAGCGGAUAUGCUCUUCAUCACCGUCAAUACACCUUCAAAGAUGAGCCCAAUGGAGCACGAAUGGGAUCUCUCCUAUUUUGAUGCUGUGCUGGAGCUGGUCAUAGACGCUUCUAUGGGUAGCACAAUCAUUGUUGAGAAGAGCACAGUUCCUUGUGGCAACGCACUAAGAAUUUCCCAGAUGGUUCAAUCGAAAGCGGAACCGAACAAAUCAUUCACGAUACUUUCGAAUCCUGAGUUCCUGAGCGCCGGUUCUGCUGUAGCUGAUCUACUUGAUCCAUACAGUGUUGUGAUCGGUAGUCCAUCUUCGACACCUCGAUCGGAUCCAAAUACGCUCUCCUUGGUAAGGCUCUAUGACUCCUGGAUUCCGGAUGAACGAAUUCGCCUAAUGUCUACGUCUUCAUCGGAGCUUGUCAAGAUCGCGAACAACGCUUUUGAAGCCCAGAGGAUUAGUAGUAUCAAUUCUUUGACUGUUCUUUGUGAACGUUUGGGAGCAAACAUCAAAGACAUAUCACACAGUCUUGGCAUGAAUCCAAAUAUCGGGCCACGUUUCCUCCAAGCUGGUGUUGGAUUUGGCGGGAGUUGCCUCCGCAAAGACACCUUAGGUCUAUCAGGAAUUGCCACAGAUAUUUCCAUGCCAGAAGUGGCAGACUAUUGGCGCCAAGUGGUUGUUAUUAAUGAUUUCCAAGUCCAGCGCUUUACCAAGAGAGUAUGCCAGUACGCAUCCGAAUCGCCGUCACGAGAUGUUGCUAUCCUCGGUUUUGCGUUCAAGAAAGACACAAAUGAUCCCAGGAACAGUAUCGCUAAAGACGUAAUAUUAGCUUUGCUCAGCCAAGGCGCGAAUGUUGCUUUACACGAUCCCCUUGUUUCUGCGGACGCGAUUCGGAGUCUCCUUCCACCCGCGCAUGAAGUUCAGAUCUGCCGUACACCCUAUGAGGCGUGUCAAGGAGCCGAAACUAUUGCGAUAUUAAACGAUUCCAAGGAAUAUACUGACUUGGACUGGAAUCGUAUAAGCGCCAACAUGGAAGGAAAGAAGAGAGUCGUGGUAGAUGGGCGAGACGUCAUAGAUGCUGGAAGGCUUGCAGGACUCGGUUUGAUAGUAGAGAAGCUGGGUAAGCCGAGUCAUAUGGACGGUAUCAUGUAGUAUAAAAAUAUGCGAAGAGCUAUCAGUGGG